ACUGGGGGUAGCUCUAAAACCCGGGAGUAGAUUGAGUAGCUGGGGCCACCGAAUCCGGUCUGCGCUCUAGGAGCGUCCCUGCUGGUGUGGGCCAGGGCCUCGUUUCCCCUCGACUCCCGGCCUUCCGGACUUUCUUGCCAGCAAGGCCGGAAGGGAGCGGUGCACCUGCAGCCCAGUGUUCUCAGGCCCCCAAGCCUCAGAGGUCAAGCUUACUGGGGCUGGAGUACAAACAGCAGGAAUCUCAGUCCCAGGUUUCUGCUUUGGAGAACAAAACCCCAAACGGACCUGAGCAGACAGACGUCCUGUUGGCGGGCGGUGCCUGGAAGAGCCUGGGAAAAUGAUCCACAGUCUAUUUCUCAUCAACUGUUCCGGUGACAUAUUUCUAGAGAAGCACUGGAAGAGCGUUGUGAGCCAGUCUGUCUGUGAUUAUUUCUUUGAAGCUCAGGAGAAAGCUGCUGAUGUUGAAAAUGUACCACCUGUCAUUUCAACACCUCACCACUACCUCAUCAGUAUCUACCGGGAUAAGCUCUUCUUUGUAUCUGUCAUACAGACUGAAGUGCCACCUCUGUUUGUAAUUGAGUUCCUACAUCGAGUUGCUGACACUUUCCAGGACUACUUUGGUGAGUGUUCAGAGGCUGCAAUUAAGGAUAAUGUGGUCAUAGUAUAUGAACUCUUGGAAGAAAUGUUAGACAAUGGAUUUCCACUGGCUACCGAAUCCAACAUUUUGAAAGAAUUGAUUAAACCACCAACAAUUUUACGCUCGGUGGUCAACUCUAUUACAGGCAGUAGUAAUGUUGGGGACACACUCCCCACUGGGCAGCUGUCCAACAUUCCAUGGCGCCGGGCAGGGGUAAAGUACACAAACAAUGAAGCCUAUUUUGAUGUCGUUGAAGAAAUAGAUGCAAUUAUAGAUAAAUCAGGAUCUACAGUCUUUGCAGAAAUUCAGGGGGUCAUUGAUGCUUGCAUUAAACUAUCUGGAAUGCCUGAUCUCUCCCUUUCUUUCAUGAACCCUAGGCUUCUGGAUGAUGUCAGCUUCCACCCCUGCAUCCGGUUCAAGCGUUGGGAAUCUGAAAGAGUUUUGUCAUUUAUUCCUCCAGAUGGAAAUUUCAGACUCAUAUCAUACCGUGUCAGCUCACAAAAUCUAGUGGCAAUACCAGUGUAUGUGAAACAUAGUAUCAGCUUUAAGGAGAACAGUUCUUGUGGCAGAUUUGAUAUAACAAUUGGACCAAAGCAGAAUAUGGGGAAAACUAUUGAAGGAAUUACAGUGACAGUUCACAUGCCAAAAGUUGUGCUGAACAUGAACCUGACACCCACACAAGGCAGCUAUACAUUUGAUCCAGUCACCAAGGUACUAACAUGGGAUGUGGGAAAAAUUACUCCACAGAAGCUCCCAAGUCUUAAAGGACUGGUAAAUUUACAGUCUGGAGCCCCCAAACCAGAAGAGAAUCCGAGCCUCAACAUACAGUUUAAGAUCCAGCAGCUUGCUAUUUCAGGCUUAAAAGUAAACCGUUUGGACAUGUAUGGGGAGAAAUAUAAGCCAUUUAAAGGAGUCAAAUACGUCACGAAAGCUGGAAAGUUCCAAGUGAGAACAUAAGAAGAGGCCAAAAUUCCUCAAGACCAGUUUGUCUUCCAAGUGUCAUUACAAUGUAUUACUAUUAGAUACCAAGUGGGUGGGAAUACAUAUUCUAGUUAAAGCAUUUGUGACUAGCUACACACCGCUAACAAAGUUGCUUAGUUAUCAGUGUAGAAUUCUUAAGGAGCUUUAAGCUAAGGAAACCUUUUAGUGACUUAGCUUAUUUUGUAUCUUUUCACUUAGGAAAUUUUUGGAGGUAAUUUUUUUUCCAUAGGAGGGUACCAUCUAAAGGCUGCACAUUGUAAGAGUAAAGGCAGAAAGUUAUACCUCUCUCCUAAAAGGAGUUAACUGUCUCCUCCAGCAGAAGCUAUCUUAAUCUGUGAUGUGUCAGAUGCAGCCAAAUACCACACCUUCUGAUCUUAGCCAUCCCAAACCAGUAUCUGUCCCAAGAGAGGAAAUUCUCCCCACCCCCAGAAGUUUACAGAAAACUGCCUCUUCAAGUGUUUGCCUUAUUCAGCUUUUCACUUGUGCCAUUAAGCAAGCACUGUAGCAAAAGCCACUUCCACAUGGCCCUGGCAGGGAACACUGCUGCUCCAUGCUCCAUUUCUCACUGUACUUGGUAUUGUAUUUUUUAUAAAUAAGAUUUUUAUGUAAAGCUUAGAAUUUGAUUUACAGGGACCUUGCUGCAGUAAAUACCAUCUCAGUUUUGUGCCACUAGUUCAGCUGCUAGCACAGUAAAAAAAUCAUUUGUAUCAAAGGGGCAAAUGCUUUAUUAAGGUAGUAAAAGGGAACAUUAUUUAUGCUUUUAGGAAGUUACUGCAAGCACAAGCAUUUGUGCUUUUAAGCAAAUUAAAGUAGUAAAAGAAAAACUUAAGUGAAACUUUGCCAUCUUCAUGUUUUAUAAACCUUACCCAACACCAGUUAAAUCAUAGUUAACCUAAAUGUCUCAUCCCCCGGUUCAGCAAAAGGAGGAAAAUCUGCCUGCCUCACUGUCAUCAGUCUUUUUAAAUCUUUUAUUUUUGUUGUUAAGGGGUUGAAUUUGCUUAUAUUCCUUGUCUUUAGGGGAAAUUAAUAUUGUGUGCUUCCCAAAGCUAUAGUCAGAUUUCUUCCAGAAACUAUUGUCAUAAUUGUCACUGGAGUGCUUAAAUGUACCUACUAUACUGACAAAAUGCAUGGAAGUGCGUUAUAAUGAGGCAGAAACAAAAUCCUUGGUAACAUUGAUGAUACUGUAUGGAUCACCAUGGUUUUGGAAAGUCAGUCAACAGUUGUAUAAUUGCACUCAACUUCAUUGUGUCAUUUCAUUUAAGUUCUUCAUCUUGGUAGUCCUUAUCCAGUUAUUUUGCCUCAUUAGACAUCAAGAAAUGGAGAAAGCCUGAAAGUUAAGCUAUAAGUGCUUGUUCUUCAUGUUUCCUUAUUAUUUAUGCUAUUUUCUCUUCUCUUUGUGGCUCCAUUCUUUUCUUCUUUCAGUCUUCUCAGCUUAUAACUGUAUUUCCCUUACGCUAGGAUAGCCCUUACACUCAUCCUAUCUAUGUUGUUGAGGGCUACUGGUUGGUGCUGGUACAAGGAGCCCACUGAGCAGUUUUCUUACCUUUGCCUGCCCAUGAUACCCACCCUGCCUUUCAUGGAAUAAGAAAGGCCACGUUUUGCAGCUUCUAAAUUUCUAGAGAAACUAAUCUCAGAUUGGCAAUUAAAGUCAAAAUGUUGCCAAAUAUUUAUUCCUUUUUCCUAAGUUCAAUUGCUUUUUGUUUUUAAUGUUGACUCCUCAGAGUUUGUACCUCAAAAGAACAAUGAGAACCUUUGCUUUUCCUUCUGCUGAAUCCCUAAUCUCAACAGUCUAUACUUGGACUGUCCAGUUCUCCUCCUGUGCUAUCUUCUCUUCUGUCCAACUAGAAUGUAUGCCAGGAGCUCCUUCCCUCUAGCAAUUUCUACUAAAAUGUCCAAGUAGAAUGUUUCCUUUUGCAAUCAAAUUGUUGUAUUUAUUAAUUUGCUAGAAUCCAGUAAAUCAUUUUGCUAGCUCUGGUCAUAUUAUCAAUAAAAAAGAUGAAAGCAACAA